AUGUCAAACUUCAGGAUUGCCGUCAUUGGGUCGGGUGCGGUAGGACUAUAUUACGGGGGAAGGUUGUUGGAAGCUGGGCAUGACGUCACGUUCCUUGCGAGGAGAGACCUGGAUAGGUUGAAUAAGGAUGGCCUGCGAAUCAAGUCUGUGGAUGGAGAUGUCAACUUUGCUCAAGUCAAGGCUGUCGGGGAUGUCACAGAAAUUGGAGAAGUCGACUGGGUUCUUCUGUCUGUAAAAUCUUACGCUUUAGAAGCUUGCAAGGAACUCGUAAAGGGUUGCAUGGGUCCGCAGACGAGAAUAUUGGCCGUGAUCAACGGGUUCGGGAUCGAGAGUUGCCUGGCCUCUGAUUUUCCGCAUGAUAAGAUCUUUGGAGGGAUGGCCUUCACCUGCAUCAAUCGUGAGAGCGAUGGAGAAGUGAAUCACCUCAAGUACGGCACAAUCACAUUUGGGCACUACAAAGAUGACAAGGAUGAGCUCGCAAAAGUUGUGGACCUCUUUGAGGGCUCAAAGGUGAAGGUUACGACUAGCGACUGUCUGCUCUAUUCAAGAUGGGAGAAGCUAUGUUGGAAUAUUCCAUUCAACGGUUGUCCUGCCAUUGCUGUGGCGAUGGGCGGAAUCACCACCGACAUCAUUGUAACUGACCCAGACCUGCGACUGUUAGCUCGCAAGGUCAUGGAAGACGUCGUGAAAGUUGGAAAUGAAGAUCUUGAGACCAGGAAUAUCUCUCCAGAAAACGAAGCUGACAAUCUUGCUCUUCCAGGCCCCUACCGCCCGUCGACCAUGAUUGAUCUUGUUGAGGGAAAGCAAAUGGAGGUGGAGUACAUGUUUGGAAACCCAUUGGAGAGAGCUCGAGCCUUGCAAGUGAGCUGCGGAUAUAUGGAAUCGGUCAUCUCGAUGAUCAAAGGUAUUCAACGUAUCCGAAAGUUGUGA